UAAUCUCAGAGUGUUUUCGUCAAGAAUAAGCGACUAAACACUCAAAAUACAUCCUGUCAUUUCCCACGAGCCGUAACACUAUAAAAUGGCAAGUCGUGCUUAAUAAGCAUUGCUUUUUAACUUGGAUGUGGACGGCAACGCUUGGUAGAGAACGCGUCAGCAUAAUGUUCACAGGGAUCCUUGUGUAUUUGUCAAUUCUAUUCGCUUCUUGCUCAGCAGAUAGAGGCAUUUGCUAUCCAAAGUAUGGCUGCUUCCACAACGAUGCUCCAUUCAAACGUCCUCUAGUUCCAUUCCCAAACCCAGCAGAUUUGAUAGGAACAAAGUACCGCCUCUACACUCGUGCCAGUCCUCUAAAAUCCUCCAUCAUUGAUGACACCGACGACGCCAAGCUUCUUAAGUCGGGCUACGAUGGACAAAAGAGAACUAUUCUUAUUGUUCACGGAUUCGUAGAACAUGGACAAAUUCCUUGGAUGAACCGCAUCAGACAAGCACUGCUCCAAAAAGAAGAUGCCAACGUGAUACAAGUAGAUUGGUACAAGGGAGCAAAGAUACCUUACGAAACCGCAACGGCCAACACUAGGAUGGUAGGAGCACAGAUAUUCGAGUUGAUCAAUUUUCUAAACAACCGCACCGACAACACCCCUUCAUCCUUCUACAUCGUUGGUUUCAGUUUGGGGGCUCAUAUCGCAGGAUAUGUGGGCAGAAGAAUCAAAGACUCUGGUUCUAUAAAACUUGGCAGGAUUACAGGCCURGAUCCUGCUAGUGUGUUUUUCGUGGAAGAGCAUCGUGAUGUGAGACUGGACCCUACUGACGCUGACUUUGUGGAUGUCAUGCACACUGACAUAGACUUUCUUGGAUCAUACACACAGAGCGGCCAUGUUGAUUUCUAUCCAAAUGGUGGGCUGGAUCAAAGAGGAUGUCCUACUGGAUUGAAAAAUGGUCCUAUUGAUUACAUCAUUUGUGAUCACAUGCGAGCCCCCGARUACUACCACCAAUCAGUGCUUGCGGUCGGUAGCAGGUGCCCCAUGCGGGCUUUCCCCUGCAAGAGCAUGUAUGACUUUGAACGUGGUUACUGCUUCAAGUGUCAGAGUGAGGAGUGCCCCACCAUGGGAUACGGAGCCGAGGCAGCCCGGGGAAAAGCAUUAGGGAAACAUUAUCUCUACACCAAUGAGAAAUCUCCAUUUUGUUCUCUGCACUAUCAAGUGGCCUUCAAGACAGGCCAUGGUUGGUUUGCUGGCAUCUCRGCCGCAAUCCACAUUAACAUAUAUGGUUCGAAUGGCAACAGUGGCAUCAUCCGACUCAAAACGCGCGAUAUUAACGAUGGUACAGUAGAAGCAUUCAUUGCCCCGGUUAGUCAGGACCUUGGUGUUCUAACCAAAGUCGAUGUUAGACAUAACGGAAUUCCGAUCAUUCAGAAGUGGUACCUGGAAAAAGUUGUUAUCAAGUUCGAAGGAUCGAACAUUGCAUACACUGCUUGUUUCAACGCUUGGCUGAACAGUGCAGGUGGCGUAAGGAAGCUUAAGCAGGGAGAACUACCUUGCUGACGAACUACCGCUGAACAUGAGUCCAUAAAAAGAAUUAAAUAAACUACCACUAAAUUACC